CUCUAAACUGAGAAGCCAGCAGGUGGAGAGACCUUACAGGGUUUGGAGAUUGGGACUGUGGCAAGGUGUUCUCUUAGGGAACUGCAUUUCCUUAGAGGGAUCCUCAAGGGUUUCCCCACUGGACAUCUGUUUUUAAUAUGAUUUGAGAGUGUCUAUAUCUAUAACAAGGUGAAGUGAAGGUUUUUCUCUGCAGUAUGAGGUGCUUUUUCUGGGUGACUGAAUAGGGCCUUUGGGGCAUCUCAGGGUUAGAAUGAGAUGAUCCCAGCCACCUAACUGGUACUGAAGCAAUUUCUUUGGGUAGAGUUUCUGGGUGAGUGGGCAUCUCAGGCACAGGAGAUCUGAAUGGACGAGCACCCUCUGUCUCUUCUACACAGGCACAAUGGAAGGUCCUCGCUCAGACGUGGGCCGUUGGGGUAGGAGCCCCUGGCAGCCCACGACACCGUCGCCAGAGCCAGAGCCAGAGCCAGAGCCAGACAGAAGCUCGCGCUCCCGCCGAGGAGGAGGCCGCUCCUUCUGGGCUCGCUGUUGUGGCUGCUGCUCCUGCGGGAACAGAGCUGAUGAUGACUGGGGACCCGAACCUUCUGGCUCCAGAAGCCGAGGGACCAGCUCCCGGGGUGGAGGCUCCCGGGGUGGGGGCUCCCGGGGUGGGGACUCUCGGGGUAGGGACUCUCGAGGUGGCCGAAGACCUGAGUCUCGGGGCAGUGGUGUGAAUGCAGCUGGAGAUGGCACCAUCCGAGAGGGAAUGCUGGUUGUGAAUGGUGUAGAUCUGCUGUGCUCGCGAUCAGACCAGAACCGCCGAGAGCACCACACAGAUGAGUUUGAAUAUGACCAGCUAAUUUUGCGCCGUGGGCAGCCCUUCCACAUAAUCCUCUUCCUGAACCGGGAGUAUGAGUCCUCUGAUCGCAUUGCCCUUGAGCUUCUAAUCGGAAACAAUCCCGAGGUGGGCAAGGGCACCCACGUGAUCAUCCCAGUGGGUAAGGGAGGCAGCGGUGGCUGGAAGGCCCAAGUGACUAAGACCAAUGGACACAACCUAACCCUUCGCGUCCACACCUCCCCUAAUGCCAUCAUUGGCAAGUUUCAAUUCACUGUCCGCACACGUUCAGAAGCUGGAGAGUACCAGUUGCCCUUUGACCCCCACAAUGAGAUCUACAUCCUCUUCAAUCCCUGGUGUCCAGAGGACAUAGUGUAUGUGGACCACGAAGACUGGCGACAAGAAUAUGUGCUUAAUGAGUCUGGAAGAAUAUACUAUGGGACAGAAGCACAGAUUGGCGAACGGACCUGGAAUUAUGGCCAGUUUGACCAUGGGGUGCUGGAUGCCUGCCUGUACAUUCUGGACCGGAGGGGGAUGCCAUAUGGAGGUCGCGGGGACCCAGUCAGUGUCUCUCGGGUUGUCUCUGCCAUGGUGAACUCCCUGGAUGACAAUGGAGUUCUGAUUGGGAACUGGACUGGCGACUACUCUCGAGGCACCAACCCCUCAGCGUGGGUGGGCAGUGUGGAGAUCCUGCUUAGCUACCUACGCACCGGCUAUUCCGUCCCCUACGGCCAAUGCUGGGUCUUUGCCGGUGUGACCACCACAGUGCUCCGAUGUCUGGGCCUUGCUACCCGUACUGUCACCAACUUCAACUCUGCACACGACACGGACACGUCCCUCACUAUGGACAUUUAUUUUGACGAGAACAUGAAGCCACUGGAGCACCUGAACCACGAUUCUGUUUGGAAUUUCCACGUGUGGAACGACUGCUGGAUGAAGAGGCCAGAUCUGCCCUCAGGCUUUGAUGGGUGGCAGGUUGUGGAUGCCACACCCCAGGAGACCAGCAGUGGCAUCUUCUGCUGUGGCCCCUGUUCGGUGGAGUCCAUCAAGAAUGGCUUAGUCUACAUGAAGUAUGACACACCUUUCAUUUUUGCCGAGGUAAACAGUGAUAAGGUAUACUGGCAGCGGCAGGAUGACGGCAGCUUCAAGAUCGUGUACGUGGAAGAGAAAGCCAUUGGCACACUCAUUGUCACAAAGGCGAUCAACUCCAACAUGCGAGAGGACAUCACCCACAUCUAUAAGCACCCAGAAGGCUCAGAAGCAGAGAGGAAGGCCGUGGAAAAGGCUGCGGCCCAUGGCAGCAAACCUAACGUGUAUGCCACCCGGGACUCUGCUGAGGACGUGGCAAUGCAGGUGGAGGCACAGGAUGCUGUGAUGGGGCAGGAUCUGACAGUCUCCGUGGUGUUGACCAAUCGUGGCAGUAGCCAACGCACUGUGAAGUUGCACCUCUACCUUUGUGUCACCUACUACACUGGUGUCUCUGGGCCUACCUUCAAGGAGACCAAGAAAGAAGUGGCAUUAGCCCCAGGAGCCUCGGACACUGUGGCCAUGCCUGUGGCCUACAAGGAAUACAAGCCCCACCUUGUGGACCAGGGGGCAAUGUUGCUCAAUGUCUCAGGCCAUGUCAAGGAGAGUGGGCAGGUACUAGCCAAGCAACACACCUUCCGUUUGCGCACCCCAGACCUCUCUCUGACGUUACUGGGAGCUGCAGUAGUUGGCCAGGAAUGUGAAGUCCAGAUCGUGUUCAAGAACCCCCUGCCCAUCACCCUCACCAACGUUGUCUUCCGGCUCGAAGGUUCUGGGUUACAGAGACCCAAGGUCCUCAAUGUUGGGGACAUCGGGGGUAAUGAGACGGUUACACUGCGCCAGACAUUUGUUCCUGUGCGACCAGGCCCCCGCCAGCUCAUUGCCAGUCUGGACAGUCCACAGCUCUCCCAAGUACACGGUGUCAUUCAAGUGGAUGUGGCCCCAGCCUCUGGAGGCAGAGGUUUCUCAGAGGCUGGAGGUGACAGUCGCUCCGGGGAGAACAUACCUAUGGCAUUUCGAGGUGGAGCUUAGCCCUGGGCCAGGAGCAAUGGGACUGAAAUCAGAUGAACAAGGACAUUGCCCCAAGAUGGGGUCCUGCUAUAAAGUAGCUCCCCUGGCUCGGACAGGAAGGCUGGGGCACCCGGGGAGGCUGUUACUCUUUACCUGUGCUGAUAAUAAACUGUUUUUUAAUGAA